AUGUGCGGGUCGGCUGUAUGUCUUCACUCAUCUAAACCUAGUUCAAACAUAUAUUCGUGGAACUUACGGUGUUUCUGGAGUACCUCUUUACUUGCUCUCACUCUAUUUACUUACUUGUACCGACCAGUGAAGUUCGUUGACAGGAUUGCUCAUAUUACCAUGUUUUUGAAUACUCUUUCACCUAAAUUUUACGUCGCGCUUACUGGGACGAGUUCUUUGAUAUCUGGACUUAUUUUGGUAAUAGGUGAUAAUGUUAGCUCACGUUUUCUAGAUUUUUGA